AUGAAGGAGGAAAACAUGUGCCCAGAGUCCCCCGAAGGCAGCCUGGCCACCAGCGAGGAGGAAGGCGAGCGGCUGCACGACGGCGGCGUCCCCUCGCCGCAGGGCAAGCGCAGCAAGCGCAGCCCCGUCCCGCAGUCCUUCGAGGAUGCCCACACGCAGCGGGUCAUCGCCAACGUGCGGGAGCGCCAGCGGACCCAGUCGCUCAACGACGCCUUCGCCGAGCUGCGCAAGAUCAUCCCCACGCUGCCCUCCGACAAGCUCAGCAAGAUCCAGACCCUCAAGCUGGCCGCCCGCUACAUAGACUUCUUGUACCAGGUCCUGCAGAGCGAUGAGCUGGACCACAAGAUCGCCAGCUGCAACUACCUGGCCCACGAGAGGCUCAGCUACGCCUUCUCCGUCUGGAGGAUGGAAGGGGCUUGGUCCAUGUCGGCGUCGCACUGA